GUACAACACUGACCAAGGAGCGAUGGACCAGCAAUUCUGCUUGCGCUGGAACAAUCAUCCCACAAAUCUGACCGGCGUGCUCACCUCACUGCUGCAGCGGGAGGCGCUAUGCGACGUCACGCUCGCCUGCGAGGGCGAAACAGUCAAGGCUCACCAGACCAUCCUGUCAGCCUGCAGUCCGUACUUCGAGACGAUUUUCCUACAGAACCAGCAUCCACAUCCCAUCAUCUACUUGAAAGAUGUCAGAUACUCAGAGAUGCGAUCUCUGCUCGACUUCAUGUACAAGGGCGAGGUCAACGUGGGUCAGAGUUCGCUGCCCAUGUUUCUCAAGACGGCCGAGAGCCUGCAGGUGCGUGGUCUCACAGAUAACAACAAUCUGAACUACCGCUCCGAUUGCGACAAGCUGCGCGACUCGGCGGCCAGUUCGCCGACCGGACGUGGGCCGAGUAAUUACACCGGCGGCCUGGGCGGCGCUGGGGGCGUGGCCGAUGCGAUGCGCGACUCCCGCGACUCCCUGCGCUCCCGCUGCGAACGGGAUCUGCGCGACGAGCUGACGCAGCGCAGCAGCAGCAGCAUGAGCGAACGCAGCUCGGCGGCGGCAGCGGCGGCGGCGGCAGCAGCGGCGGUAGCGGCCGCCGGCGGCAAUGUGAAUGCGGCUGCCGUCGCCCUGGGCCUGACCACGCCCACCGGCGGCGAACGAUCUCCGAGCGUGGGCAGCGCCAGUGCAGCGGCGGCGGCUGCGGCGGGAGCGGCAGCGGUGGCAGCGGCCGCCAAUCGAAGUGCCAGCGCCGACGGAUGCAGCGAUCGGGGAAGCGAGCGCGGUACGCUCGAGCGGACGGAUAGUCGCGAUGAUCUAUUGCAGCUGGAUUACAGCAACAAGGAUAACAACAAUAGCAACAGCAGUAGUACCGGCAACAACAACAACAAUAAUAACAACAAUAGCAGCAGCAACAACAACAACAGCAGCAAUAGGGAGCGCAACAACAGCGGAGAACGUGAGCGGGAGCGGGAAAGAGAGCGUGAGCGUGAGCGAGACAGGGACAGGGAGCUGUCCACCACGCCGGUGGAGCAGCUGAGUAGUAGUAAGCGCAGACGUAAGAACUCAUCAUCCAACUGUGAUAACUCGCUGUCCUCGAGCCACCAGGACAGGCACUACCCGCAGGACUCUCAGGCCAACUUCAAGUCGAGUCCCGUGCCCAAAACGGGCGGCAGCACAUCGGAGUCGGAGGACGCCGGCGGUCGCCACGACUCGCCGCUCUCGAUGACCACCAGCGUCCACCUGGGCGGCGGUGGGGGCAAUGUGGGCGCGGCCAGUGCCCUGAGCGGUCUGAGCCAGUCGCUGAGCAUCAAGCAGGAGCUGAUGGACGCCCAGCAGCAGCAGCAGCAUCGGGAACACCACGUGGCCCUGCCGCCCGAUUACUUGCCGAGCGCCGCUCUAAAGCUGCACCCGGAGGAUAUGUCAACGCUGCUCACGCAGCAUGCUUUGCAAGCAGCAGAUGCUCGGGACGAGCACAACGACGCCAAGCAGCUGCAGCUGGACCAGACGGACAAUAUCGACGGCUCCAAGGCCUGGCACAUGCGGCUAACUUUCGAGCGCCUCUCGGGCGGCUGCAACCUGCACCGUUGCAAGCUGUGCGGCAAGGUCGUCACCCACAUCCGCAACCACUACCACGUCCACUUUCCGGGCCGCUUCGAGUGUCCGCUGUGCCGGGCCACCUACACGCGCAGCGACAACUUGCGCACCCACUGCAAGUUCAAGCAUCCCAUGUACAAUCCGGAUACGCGCAAGUUCGACAACCUAAUGUCCUCGUCGGCGGUGGGGGCGGCUGCCACGCCCACGGCCAGCCAGUUGGCGGUGGCCUCCCAAGCGGCGAUGGCAGCGGCAGCCGCGGCGGCCUUUAACGCAGCGCAACAGCAGCAGCAGCAACAGCAGCAGCAGCACCAACACCAGCAGCAGCAGCAACACCAGCAGUCGCAACAGCAGCAGCAGCAACAGCAGCAGCAGUCGCAGCAGCAACUCCAUGCCCUCGCGCAGCAGCAUAUGCUGCAACUGCAGCCGCAACACCACCAGCAGCAGCAGCACAAUGCCACAAGUGAAUGAUACAGUCAGUACCUGGGCUGGAACUACGGCGCCUGGCGUCCCGACGACCCCAACCUCAAGCAGCAGCCCCAUCGCAAGGCUCAGCCCUUCAACUUCUAUGCCCGCGACUAUUACUACCAGCAACAUCAGCAGCAGCAACAGCAGCAGCAGCAACAGCAGCAGCAGCCACCCAUCAGCAACGUUAGCAACAUUAGCAACGGCAACAUGCGGCAACAGCAGCAGCAACAUCGACGCCAGCAGCAACUUCCGCCUGCACAGACGAUCAUCAUCGAUGAGAGCGACAAUGAGCUGGAGGAGGAGCAGCAGAUGAGGCUGAGCUUUGAGCGGUACAUGGAGCAGCUGAAGCAGCUGGCGCCCUACGAUCCUCAAGAAACUUUGUGCAAUAGCAACACCAAUAACAUUAGCAACAGCAACAACAACAGCAAUAGCAAUAGCAACCGCAGCGGCGAGCCCACGAAUGCCAAUCAAAUGGAAGCUACUACAACUACUACUAAUAGUAAUAAUAUUAAUAACAAUAGCUAUGCUAACCACAGCACUAGGAACUACAGCAAAAGGCAGCAGGAGUAGCAGCAGCAGCAGCAGCAGCAGCAGUCGCAGCAACAGCAACCAAUUGAUACUCAAAGCAAAUGUAAUUUAGACGAGAAACGCGAAUAAGUUCUUAAAUGUUGAAUCGAUUUAAGGGUAAGCCAAAUUUGUUUGUCAAUUAUGUAGGCGUAGAUUGGAAAGGAGAGGAUGCAUUUCCGGCUGCGAGGAGGAAUCCAACGCUGAUCGGCUGAUCGUCUGAUCUGUGCAGGAAGCGACACAUUGUCCAGGUUUCAACUAGAUACGGAUGUUGCAGUCACCCACACGCACUUAUAUACAGUAUAGAGUAUACAGUAUGCAGUAUACAGUGUACAGUAUAGUAGGAGAAUUAUUCGCAAUGGAGUUUUAAUUGCAAAAGUCUUGUUCGUGGCACAAGCAAAAGGGUUUCCAAGCCAGCUGAAAGCAGAGGGUGGAAAGCAAAAGGUUUUAACUAGCAGCACUCAAAUAUUUACAAGAAACAAAACCAACAAACACAAAAGCUUAAAACUAAACUUAAACUUAAACUAAUUGUAUUUCGAAGCUACUCAUACUAUAUAUGGAAUUACAAAUUUUACGAACUAAAAUCGUUGGACCUGUCAGACAUUUGUGCCAAAAUCUCUUGGUGGUAGUGCCAACUUCCUUGGCUGCACCCUCUCUACUUGCACCUGUUCGUUGUUGCAUUUAACACUAGUAUCUGCACACCCACUACCACUCCCACUCCAACUCCCACACCCACACCCACAACCAAGACCACACAAUCCAAACAGAAACUACAUGCAGAAAACCACACUAACCCACCCACCCGGAAACCACUCUGAUACUCUAUAGGAAAAGCAAGUUAGGAGCAAACACCGAACAUUGAAGACAUUUUAACGAGAGAUUUCUAUGCUGCUAACCUAACCAUUUUACUGUUUUAUAUAAAUGUAUCAUUAAUUACGAUUACGAUCUAAUGGGUGUCGUGUUUUACGCCUAAUAACAACAAUUGUAAAAUAGAAUAAUAGCGUUACUCGACUUAAUCGACCCUCAAAGAACCCCGUUCGGUGGAAUUUUCUCUGCAUACGAGUUUAGAUGUAUCUAUGAUGUACAAAUCGGUGCGUUUGAUCGAUGUUAGUUGACCCUGAAGACAUGCAUUACGGUAGCCCUAAUCUUAGCGAAGCAGUUUUAAACUAAUCUAAUCUUAAUUAAACUAAACUAAACUACACUAAUUCACUGAUUACGGAUACUAAACUAAUGUUAAUUUAUUUAUAACCAUUACGGGAGUGUGCGAAUGAGUCUCGAAGUGAGCGAUUGCCGAUGGAUCCAAUCCAAACCGAUCAUCUUAUAUGAUCCGAUUCGAUCUGAUCCGAUCUGAUCUGAUCUGAUCUGAUGUAUUAUAGUUAGCGAUAACAUCGCCAGAUCCAAUUGUCAAUGCAUGUGGCCGAGUUUGUUAUCCAGUCUAUAUGAUAUAAUAUACCUACUUAUAUGCACACUUGCGUGGGCUAAUAUUGAUUUGGCAGACUCUUCUUGCGGUGUAAAUAUGAUUGAUGAUUCUCCCCCGAAUUCUGCUAGUUAAUGUAUAUUUAAAUAAGUUUUUGUAAUUUGUUGUUGUACAUUGAUUGCCAAAUCCCCGAUAUUGGUGCGCACACACGAACACACAAACACGAGCAUAUGCACAUGCAUAUGCAUAUGCAGACACACACACACACACACAGAAAGGUCUAAUUGCCUAAGGAAUUAGUGCAUAAUUCUAUGAAAUAUAUAGUUAUAUGUUAUAUACACACAUAUUCAUAAUAUUUAUUUGUUCUACUUCUUAACAUGAAAUGUUUAGGAAUUAAAUUUACAUUAUUAAUAAUGCUACAUCAAAUACUGCCCCCGACUUAAUGUUUGUUUAAUGUUUAUUUUUAACGCUGUUUUGUUAAACAAAAAUUUAAGAAAUUUAUCUAUAUAUGAUGUGAUAACUAUAGUAAAACUAAACACACACACACCCACACACGCCCACAAAACACACCCACACAUUACAAAUUGAAAUUAUGUUAAUUAAGCAGGAGAUUAGAGCGUUGAAGUUUUUUUAAAAAACAAUCGAGAGAAAUCUAUCAUUUGUGUGGUAUGCAAAAUGGUGCUAAAUCCAAAUAUACUUUAAAGUAUACCGAGUAGAACGAGAGGGAGUGGAAGGAGGAGGCCAGCCCUCCUUGAAUCGUAUCGUAUGUGCAAUAUGACUAGUUUUCGUUUAAGGUGCAGGAAGAUGGAUGAUGGAUGAUCAUCGAUGAAUGGUGAAUGAUGAACGAUGAAUGAUGUUGACCACGCAAAUGCCAACCACUUGAAAUACGCGAAUAAAAAACACGAGAACUAAACACACAAAGUAUAUGUAAAUACAAAGCGGUGCUAAGCCCCCCAAAUAAGCCGAAAUAAGUAGAGAUAUUCAAAGUCCUUUUAAUUGUCGCAAAAUGGGGAGAGACACCACCCGCAAAGAAAAUAAGUGUUAGCAUAUCACUAUGAAUAUAUAAAUAUAUAUACGUCUGAUAUAGCAGCAGAGCAGUUAGUUAAUGGUAACUUUUCGCUACGAUUUCUGUGUCUAUUUACAAUAAAUGUCAUAAAGCUUAUCAAAUUACCGAGCACACCACCCACACAAAAAUCACACACAGCCCCAUUUGAAAAACACUCUCAUAUUUAUUUUGGUGCCUUUUCGAACCAUUUUGAGUUCAGUAAUUGAUUGAUUUCGAUUUCGAUUUCGAUUUUGCCUUGACUUUGACUUUGUUUAACCAACUUUUAACAGCAUUUUUGCAGUCGAUCAGGAGUGGUUUGAACCCUUAAUUUUAAUGACGUGCUAGUUUCAAUGUAAACUUAGUUUAAUCUAAUUUUUGUAUUAAUAAUAAAUGCAAUACAAACUAUUUUUAGUUUUAUUUAUAAACAACAACAGUAGCGGCAGCAGCAACAACAGCAAAAUGUUGAAAACAAAAAACAAAAAUAGAAAAACGCAGAAAAAAAUGAAAUCAGUUUAAUUAAAGUUAAGCAAAUUGAAGCAAGCCCACGAAAUGCUUGCAGCAUUUGUUACAAUUUAUAUAUACACGUAUAAAUAUAUAUUACAAUAUUUUUUAAAACAAUUUUUAAUAAACAUUCUAUCUAUUAUGGCAGCCUUUCAAUGAAAACCAAUUGAAUUACUAAACAAGACAAACCUAAACCAUAUAAAAUCAUAAAACUAUAAAUGAAGAACAGGCAGAUGUACCAAUCUCACACAACUACACACACACACACACUCACAGACAGACAGACAGACACUCACGCACAUACACACACA